GCGAACGAUAAAUAAACAAUAAUUACACAAUCUGACGUUUAACACAGAGUAGCUGACAUCAAGUGAGUCGGAGGAGGGCCAGCCGGCCCAUCGGAGAGGAGGGUCAUAGGAGUCUGCUCUCACCACUGAAAUGCAUCAGGUCCAUCUCACCCACAGAGCGGGAAAGUACUGAAUUGACGUCAGUGGAUUAUAUCUGAUCUAAAGAUGGUUAUUACUAAAAAAAGGAUCACACUGAAAGAGCAAUUUGGAAUAUAAAUGAUGAGAAGAUUCUUUUUCUCACUUGUACUCACUUCUUCAUCCUGUCUCCCCCCCUCACGUCCUUUAAUGGGGGUCCUGACAACACCAUUCUCAACUAUGAACUAAAAAUUGAUCUGUCACUCAGCCAUCUUCCCACAUUCUAUCUUUCUGUUCCCCUUCUCCUCCUCUUUUGUCAUGUCUGUAUCCAUGAGGAACCCACCCCAUCGCCGGCGCUCUUUGGGUCCCGUCUCACCCAAGCGGAUCUAUAGAAACCUGUCGGUCCGGUUAAGGGGAGGAGAGUCAUCUAUCGACGAGAGACCUGACGCACCCAAGAACCUUGGAAAAUCUGCUGAUGUGUACACGACCUUGUGGGAUGCGGUGGAGAACGAAGACACAUUGGCAGUACAAAGUCUUCUGUCCCGAAUCCACAAUAGCUAUGGAGGCGGAGGAGGUGGUGGUGGUGGAGGAGGAGGGGGAGGAAUCCUGUGGGAGAGAGUAGAAAAGAAAGACAGAGACUGGGUGAAAGAACGGGAGAGGGGGGUGAACAGAGUGAGCGAACAGGGUCUUGUUCCUCUGGAUGUGGCCGCCCUGACCCAUAAUUCACCUCUGCUCCACGUUCUGGUAAAGGCUGGAGCUAGGCAGAAUCCCACUUUAUGCAGACCGGAAGAAUGGGCACUUAAGCUUGAUGAUCUCGUGACGUUGGCGAAAGAGAAGGUGGAUGAGAGGAAGGAGGAGUUGUUGAAGAAGGCCGGAGCAGGCGCUCAUGCACAGGCUGAAGUCCACAGACAAGUCAGACUCUGGAGCCUCAGAUUGCAACUUUACUGCCGCAUGAAGGAGAAUUUCCACCACACAGAACUGCCACAUCCUCCUUCUCAAGUCUCCAUUGUGGUGACCAGCACAUCUUCUCUGUUUGUGGCAAUCAAAGAGGUCGAAGGUGACAACGUGGGGCUCAUCACCUGCUACAAGGUGGAAUGGAGCACUUCAGCAAGCUUCAAGCGCAUCCUUGGCUCAGCCCAAGUUACAGAGACCAAAAAUCCAUCCUACACGAUCCGGGAACUCAAUACUGGAGUGCAUUAUUUUGUCAGAGCGAGCGCCUACAAUGUGAAAGGAUGGGGCCCGACUCAGUGUUCCACUCCAGUCAGUGGCGCUCCUUCCAGUUGGAGAGAGUGCGAUGGUGUGAAGUCCCAAUACAGAAACCAUGAAGCCCUAGUAAGGAAGCUUCUGGAAGAUGCCGGAGAACCUCACAACAGAGGAUACUACAAAGAGAACCCGAUAUCCCAAAGUCCCAGCAAGCGUCUCUCGAUGUCUCGAGGCAUCAAACAACUGUUCCAUUCUGCAACCAAGUUUGUUCGUCUCUUACAGAGGGGCGCGUACUUGGCAACUGUGUUUUACCACAAGGAGAACAUCUUGGUGACAGCUGAAGAUCAACUCCCACUGGUGGAGUUCCAGUGCUGCUCAACCACUCUCGCUCACAACUUUGUUUGGUUUUCCAAGUUAUCCUGUGCAUGGCAGCAAGUGCCUCGGCUCCAGCAAGCACUCUCCUCGGCUCAUUCGUCUCCCUCGUCCCUCCUACAGAGCAGGCACAAUAUUUUAAAAGCCGUCUCGCAACUGCAGUCUUCAUUGGGGACGAUGGACCUUGGCCAAGUGUAUUAUGAACCACUCAAAGACCGACAGGGCAACAUUUUACUUGUGACAUUAAAGGAAUUCCCAAAUGCUAGCAGCCCUCCUGAGCCUCCACUGCAAUGGAUGCCCCUGGCUCGCCUGGAGAAAAACCGUAGCAGAGCUCCUCUGCUGCCUGAACCCACCGCUAUGGAUAUGCUGUAUGCAGACCUGAGGGAGAAGUUAAACUACCACAGGCACAGCAAUCAGUGGGCCAAAUCGGGUCUGUAUGUGGGCAUACUGAAACUAUGGAGCUCAGUGGACCAAAUCAGAGUUCUGGUUCCUCAAAGACUGCCCAAUUUACUUUGUUACUCAAGGGUCAGACACAAUGCCCACGUCACCAGAGAAGAGUGGGCGUGGCUCCAGAGUAAUGUUUAUGAAACGACCAGUGAUGGUGUUCAGAAUCUUCUGGGUACCAUGGAUGACACCUUGGUGGAAAAUAACAGUCUGGUGGAGUUUAUCAGAGCCCUGAGAGCAGCAGUCUCACAUCUUCUGACAAAGCUCAACAUCCCCCUCUACAGGGCUUAUCAGUACGGCAUAUAUACCAGAGAGUUGCUGCAGUUAGGAGACAAAGUGUCCAUGCUGCUCCUUCUCCCUCCAAGUGAAGACUUUAGCUCCAGCUACUGGCCUCUAUUAGGAACCAAAGAGCCCGGCCUGACCAUGCCUCUCCAGAUCUUUGAGCUGGUUCACUUCUGGACGUAUGAGCGGGACUUUGUGUCCCAGUAUUGCCAGGCCUGGGUGAGGCUGGAGCUGGACACUCACCUGGCUCAGCAGGCUCUGCGAGAGGCGCUGGACACUAAGGAAGUGCAAGUGGCUCGUGAACGUCUGAACCAUGUGACUGAGCUUUCCCGUCGUCUGGAUGUGGUAUGGCGAGAUGCCCGCUGGAUCAUGGACUGUCUGCAGUGCGUUCGGUCCAAGCAAUGGGUGGGAGCGGUGCCACUUGGGUUGGUGAUGGGCGGAGAUCCGCCGCCAUGCCCCGACGCUGAAGAAGAAGAUGAAAGAUUGACCGCCAGACUGACAUGGCCCCUUCGGUUACAAUCAAAAAGGGCCACCACAGAAACUUUAGCCAGCAUGGCUCCACCAAAUGUUGUCACGGCCGAAGUCUCCUCUGCAGCAGGAAAUCUGGUUGCCGUUGAGGUCACGCCGGUUUUAACGGAAGGCGUUGCAAAGGGAGGGUACCCAGUAGACAUCAGUCAGGAUAUGACAAACAUCGGCCAGUCAGAAUUGGGAUGUGCAAGCACUUUAAUUGAAUCCGGACUGGAGUCUCCAGUUGUUGGACCAUUGGAAGUCGGGUUUGCAGCUUUGGAUUCGCCCGAUCCCUUCAAUGCGACAGAGCUCUUUCCCUCCAGCAUCUCUGAGGUCAUCCAUCCAAUGGAGAUGGCGGAGUUGGUGGAUAUUUUGCCCACACUGAGUCUUAUUGAAGAGGAGACCCCAAGUUGUCCUUCUGCAUCAUCGGUGAUGGAUAUGAUUCAAAGCUUCGGACUGGGGAUGGGUGAUAAGGGGAGCUGUUUUGAGUCAGGGAAUUCACACUUGAUGGAUGCUGAGCAAAUCCUGGGUCCAAAUAAAAGCACCAGUGUGAAAGACACAAACAUGCCCAGCUCACACACAACAGGAUGUAAUUUAGAAAGUCUCCCAGAAGAUAACAUAUCUCUGCAGGUUCCCAGUAUGGGACUGAAAUUUCCAGCGAGGAACCAGGUAGAAUGGGAUAGACCAUUUAACAGCUCCUCCUGAUAUAAAAAAAAAAGUCUGCAAGGACUUGAAUCAUUUAUGCAGCUGCAGGUCAGCUGAUUUAUCACAUCAACAUUUUGGAUCUAUCACAGCACAUAUUAAUAUUAACAUAGAGGAAGAGUGAAAAUUUCAUAGGCAAUAAAACCUCUUCUAGGGUACACAUUGGAAAAAUACACAAGUUAUGUUGCCUUCAUGCACAAUUUCUCCUAAUUGUACCAUUUUGCUGUUUCGUCUAAAAUGAAAA